GUCCCUGCUUGUCUCGAUCGGAUCAGUGUGUGUGUGCUUCGGUGUCCUCACUCACUGUGGUGCCAGAAGAAGAGAAAGACAGUCAACAGCACCGAAGAUCCGGCAACCAGCCCCGCAACCAAACCGUUGCCGGAUUGCAGCUCGACUGCUCGGGCUUCUCCAGACGUCGACUUGAAGUGCCCGUGGCCUGGCUUCUGUUCCAGAAGGGCCCUAUAGGCCAGCUGCAGGUUGAGUGCCGGAUCUGCCUCGGCCACCAGGACAGAUCCGGAGAGCAGCAGCGGCAGCAUGAGCAUCCAACCAAGGCCCAUGGCGACGGUGCGCUGCCGCCAACACGCCGGAGGGAUUUUGAGCGGCG